AUGGCCGCCCAAAUAUUCACAAUAAACCCAGAAGCCUUCACCGAAGCCCUAAAAGAACUCCCCCUCUCAGCCGUGUACGCCAAAGUCUCCGAACUCCGCAACUCAAUCGCGCACCUGCACCGCUCGAACGCUGAGAUGAAGGAUUUUCUAGAGGCGUCGCAGUCAGAAGACGAACGGAGGGAGAUGGAGGGGUAUAUUCGUGAGAAUGAGGGUGUUUUUGCGUCUAUGCGGGAACGGUUGGAUAUGCUUCGGACUGAGGUUGAGAGGAGGGGACAGUCUUGGAUUGAGGAGGAAGGGGAUGGGGUGAAGGAGGAGGAGAAGGGGGAUGGUGUGCCGGUUACGAAUGGGGAUUUGAAUUCGAGUUCGAACUCGAAUGCUGCGGGCCAGUCUGGGGGUGAUGCGGAGGAAGGUGUUUAUCUUUGA